AGUCCCAGGACGCGUUGCGCGGCCCGGGCCGGAAGUAAGCGAGUUCCCGGGUGUGUGUGUCUGGGUCUGUCUGUGUCUAGCAGCGGCGCGCGGGCCGGGACCAGCGCCGGGGACUCCCGUCUGAGGCGUCUCUACUAUCACUGCCAUCACCCCACGGAACCACUUCUAGAAGGGAGUAGACCCGGCCCUUCGCCGGGCAGAGAAGAUGUUGCCCCUGUCCAUCAAGGACGAUGAAUACAAACCACCCAAGUUCAAUUUGUUCGGCAAGAUCUCGGGCUGGUUUAGGUCUAUCCUGUCCGACAAAACGUCCCGGAACCUGUUUUUCUUCCUGUGCCUGAACCUCUCUUUCGCUUUUGUGGAACUACUCUACGGCAUCUGGAGUAACUGCUUAGGCUUGAUUUCCGACUCUUUCCACAUGUUUUUCGAUAGCACUGCCAUUUUGGCUGGACUGGCAGCUUCUGUUAUUUCAAAAUGGAGAGAUAAUGAUGCUUUCUCUUAUGGGUAUGUUAGAGCAGAAGUUCUGGCUGGCUUUGUCAAUGGCCUAUUUUUGAUCUUCACUGCUUUUUUUAUUUUCUCAGAAGGAGUUGAGAGAGCAUUAGCCCCUCCAGAUGUCCACCAUGAGAGACUGCUACUUGUUUCCAUUCUUGGGUUUGUGGUAAACCUAAUAGGAAUAUUUGUUUUCAAACAUGGAGGUCAUGGACAUUCUCAUGGCUCUGGCCAUGGACACAGUCAUUCCCUUUUUAAUGGUGCUCUAGAUCAGCCACAUGGCCAUGUCGAUCACUGUCAUAGCCAUGAUGUGAAACAUGGUGCUGCACAUAGCCAUGAUCAUGCUCAUGGACAUGGACACUUUCAUUCUCAUGAUGGCCCCUCCUUGAAAGAAACAACAGGACCCAGCAGACAGAUCUUACAAGGUGUAUUUUUACAUAUCCUAGCAGAUACACUUGGAAGUAUUGGUGUAAUUGCUUCUGCCAUCAUGAUGCAAAAUUUUGGUCUGAUGAUAGCAGAUCCUAUCUGUUCAAUACUUAUAGCCAUUCUUAUAGUUGUAAGUGUUAUUCCUCUUUUAAGAGAAUCUGUUGGAAUAUUAAUGCAGAGAACUCCUCCCCUAUUAGAAAAUACUCUGCCUCAGUGCUAUCACAGGGUACAGCAGUUGCAAGGAGUUUACAGUUUACAGGAACAGCACUUCUGGACUUUAUGUUCUGAUGUUUACGUUGGGACUUUGAAAUUAGUAGUAGCACCUGAUGCUGAUGCCAGGUGGAUUUUAAGCCAAACACAUAAUAUUUUUACUCAGGCUGGAGUGAGGCAGCUGUAUGUACAGAUUGACUUUGCAGCCAUGUAGUGAAUGGAAAGAAAUUAUGCACCUUUUACGGACCAAAUUUUUCUGGUACUGUACAAUCCAAAACAUUGUACCCAGCUUUUUAAAACAGAGAAGUUAUCACUACAACUCCUGAGCACCAAGUACACUGGGUAGAGUCAGCCGUUAAUGCGCUGUGGGGAGUUCACAGCUAAGGGGUCAGAUUUAAGAGGAUUAUCUCCUGGACUUUUAGUCUUUUUUUUUUUUGUGCUCUUUCCUCCAAACCAUUUUGACAUCUGAGGUUUCUGGUUUAGGGUGUUGGUUUGUCCUUCUUUCUUUCUGUUUCUGUUUUUGUUUUUUUUGUUUGUUUUCCUAUUGAAUGCCCGCACCACCAUUCUCUCAUCCCAGCCAGUAAGAAUUUCAGAUUGUGGACCCCCAGUCUUCUGGAAUGUCUUCACUGAAGCUGCUGGAAACCACUGCUUUCAUUCCCAGAAAACCAGUAUUACUUUUUUAAAAAAAAUAAAGAAAUUGGAAAUCUGUUUUAUACGUAAUGUCACAAUUGUUGACAUUCUUCAGUAUAAUCAUAUGUUUAUAAAAUUGUUUGUACCUUGCAAACUUACAAACCAAACCAUAUUGGGUUUUCAAAGUGCCUUUGCAUCAGAAAAUGUAUUUGCCAGCAUCGAAAUGUACCAUCAAAGGUCAUGUAUUUUUUUUAAUGGAUAUCCUGUAAUCUGUAUAAAACAAGACUAUUGCUAGUAAUGUAAACAGAUUAUCUUUCUGUGUACUUCCAGCAUAGGUUUAGAUAUAUGAACAUUUUUCUUUUAUUGUUUUAUCUCAUCAGAAAAUAAAAGAUGUUAAUUUGAUUUUUAAAACAAAUUUAAUUAUCACAUUUUAAAUUACGUUGUGGGCUGUGUUUUCAAAACUUUGCAAAUUCAUCUGUUACAGAGAAAGCUGUUUUGACUUAAAACAUCUGCUGAAUUCCAAAUUUCUGUAAAAGCAACUGUGUUUGUGAUAAACUUUCCUAUAUCUUUCCUUGUCACUUUUAUGGAUUUUAUAAUGAAAAAAAGGCAUUGGAGACUGAAGGCAGAAAUGGUUGUGACAGUGCUGUUUGGCUUUUUCAUUCUUCAAAUGCCAAGUCAUCCAGUUUGUUUUCCUGUUUGAGCUUUGCACAAAUACAAUCGCUUGCAGAAAUCCUAAAGCAGCAUUUUAUCGAAUUUGAAUUAUAAAAGGUACAGAGGAAAUGUGGUGAUGCAGAACUAUUCCUAACACAAAUAUCUAAGAAGCAAGUACUAAGUUAAUUUUCUAGGUUCUUAUGUAUUUGAAAAAAUAAAAUUGCAAUUUGUGAUAAGUGCUUGAGCACUCCCCUUAAGUAUUCUCCGUGUUUAUGAAGAGACAAUGAUCUGGGUAAAUAUUUUUCCAUUAAUUUUACAAUAUGUAUUCCCUUUUAACUUUAAAAAAUUGUAAAUGUUGGAGGAAAAACUCUGCAGGAUGGAAAUGAUAAUUAAGAAUGUAGAUCCAUAAUAAGUAAUUUAUAGUGACAUGGCAGAAAUCCAUAUUGUUUCUAAGUUUAAGAGUGUCUUUUCUCCUAUUUCUGACCUACAACUAUGAACUAUUCUGUAUUAGGAGAACUAGACCACUUUCUUCAUUCUUUUCUAAACUUCAGAUUGCCAUGAACUCUAUCAAUAGUCUCUUUUCUGCAGGCAAAAUAGUAUUUUCUAAACACGUUUGCUUUCUGCCAGGUGGUUCUAAAGCUAUGAUUUACUGCAGUAGUAUGUGCUUAAAACAACUGUUGAGGUCUUUUAAGAGGGAAAGUCCAAAAGGAAGUGCCCUGAUAACGGUACUGCUUUUUCAUUACAAAUGUAAGUAAUCAUUUAGAAGUUUGCAACCACCACCAAGUCUGAGAGAACUCUGGGAUAUUUUGUGGGUUUUGGCAUAUUAGAGAAAAUGACAGAUCUAGGUGAAGGGAAAUUUUGGAUGUGUGCCUUUAAAAACUGGUUAUGUAUAACUACUACUAUUUCACAUAUGGAGAUAUUUGAAGACCCAAGUCUGCCUUUCAUAGAGUCCUCCAUUCCAAGUUAAGUUUUUGUCAAAAUAUGAAUAAUUUUAUUUGACUGUACUAUCAGUACACAGAUGCAUGAGUAUGUUUAUAUAGUGUUAGACUGAUGCAAAACUCUAAUUUUGCAUUUGUUACAUGAUAUUGCCAGCUCAUAUCAUUUAGCAAGUUGGCAUUAACAUUUAUGCUUUAACUAAAUGCCAGUAUACCUAUGUGUGCAGCAGUAAAAAAUUAGAAAAAGCAACUUUUUUGUCACUCUUAGAAAAUACUUUGUCUUAUCAGUGUUCUUGGCAUAUGUGUAUUACUAAAGUAGAUAAUUCCAAUGAGAAAUACUACCUGAUUAUUGUUAUAAAAUUAAUUUACAAUGUUCCUGAUGUUGGACUAACUCUUACAAAAAAACAAAAACAAAAAACCAUAUCUGAGUGUAACUUUGCCAAUAUUUUAAAAGCCAAAAUAUUCUCUGGAGAACAAAUUUUUAUUGCUCAUGGACAGUUUACCUUUCCUAGUAAACUUUCCCAAACAGAAAUAUAUCUAUACUAGCUUUGGUUUUUUGUUUUGUGAGUUUGUUUUGUUUUGAGUUUAGCUCUUGUUGCCCAGGCUGGAGUACAAUGGCAUGAUCUCAGCUCACUGCAACCUCCACCUCCCAGGUUCAAGCGAUUCUCCUGUCUCAGCCCCCAAUAGCUGGGAUUAUAGGUGCGCCCCACCCUGCCCAGCUAAUUUUUGUAUUUUUAGUAGAGAUGGAGUUUUACCAUGUUGGCCAGCCUGGUCUCGAACUCCUGACUUGAGGCCAUCCUCCUGCUUCAGCCUCCCUAAGUGCUGGGAUUACAGGCAUGAGCCACCAUGCCCGGCCACUUGCUUUGGAUUUUAAAAUGUAGAUUAUAUUCCUCAAGAUGAAGGGCUUAACAUAUGCACAGCUUCCUCAGUUUGCUAACUCCCCAUGCGUCUAUGUGAAGGACAGUAUCUAGUUUAUCUGUAGGUCAGUGUUCCUUGUGCUGUCAUUUCCCUUGUAUCUGGAAUGCGUCAGCAUUCUUGAAAACCUACACAUAUAUAUCUAACCAAAAUGCUAUGGCUUUUUUGCACCUUUUUACAGCAGCCAAAUAAUGAACUCAAAAUGUAUUUGAUCACGGUUCUCUAUAAUGUUUUUACCUACCUACCAUGGAAUAAUCAGUUUUUACAGUGAUUACUAAUAUGAUAGAACCCUGAUAUGUAAUGCCAAAAGUUAAGAAUAUUUACAUUGCUUAACAUAGAAUUUUGCAUCUAAGCAAGGACUAGCCUUAGAAGCAGUCUAGUUCUACCUCUCAUUUUACAGACGAGAAAACUGAAGCCCAGAAAAGCUGUCAUUAAGUCACAGAGAUAAUUAAUGGCAAAGCCAAAAAGAUUCAGAUUUUCUGACUCAAAGUUGAGAGUUCUUUAUGCUUUAUUAUGCUGCCUCUCCAGUGUAAUAUAUUUGCCUUUCUGUAAAUGGGAUUAAAUAUGAUUUGUAAAUAAAGGACAUCUGACCUCCUUUUUUGGUAUAUUAAGGCACUUUAUAAAUGGACUUUUAGUAUCUCAUGUUUCAUAUAUGAUUAUUUCCAUAAUAUUCUUUAUGGAAGAUGUUAUAAUUAAUUUUAACCUUUUUAUUCUUAUAAAACCAGUUCCUGACAUUUAAAAAAAAUGAUAUCUGUACAGUGGUCCUUUUAUGAGUGAAUUUUUCUGUUAAUUGCCCAAGGCUAAAUCCAAUUUAAGGAUUACUUAGUUUCUUUAUCUUGUUUAUGUUCUCUGAACUGUUAUGUUUUAUAAACCAGGCUAAUUCACAGGUCAUAUCAUUUUAGUCUUGUCAUGUUGGUUUUCAGCCAUUGGAAAAGCUUUUGCAUUUUAUUUUGUUUUGUUUUGUUUUUUGAGACAGUUUCGCUCGUUACCCAGGCUGGAGUGCAAUGGCGCGAUCUCUGCUCACCGCAACCUCCGCCUCCUGGGUUCAGGCAAUUCUCCUGCCUCAGCCUCCUGAGUAGCUGGGAUUACAGGCAUGUGCCACCAUGCCCAGCUAAUUUUUUGUAUUUUUAGUAGAGACGGGGUUUCACCAUGUUGACCAGGAUGGUUUCGAUCUCUUGACCUCGUGAUCCACCCGCCUCGGCCUCCCAAAGUGCUGGGAUUACAGGAGCUUUUGCAUUUUAAAGAAUUUUAGAGCCAUGCAAAAGUUGGCGUUAAAUGUUGCAUAAAACAAAUCUUUUAAGUAAGGUAAAAUGUUGAAGCCUUAACCAGAAUUCCAGAUACGAAACUGCUGAUUCUAACUCUUCAUAAAAGCAUUACCUUGGGAAAGUUAAACUUUUUUUCUUCCUUUUCAUCACCAUCUUUGAAAAAAAGUUUUCAGUUCAUAAGAACUUUGAUUAAAAAUAAAGGAAAUUAUACUCCUUUUUUCCUUGAACAUUCAUUGGAAGGCUUAUUGAAGACAUGAUCCCCCAGAAGCUUUAGUGAUCCAGAUCUCAACCAGAGACUCAAGACAGCCUCAAAUACAGUGAAAGAUUAUGUAGCAAAAAAAAAUUAAAGAAAAGGAGCAGAGGAGGACAGUUUGGUUUAAAGCCAAAUGGAUGUAAGUCUGACAAGGGUAUCUUUUGUUUAUGUUUAGCCAUUUCCUAACUGCAAAUUACACAGGAAGCAAGAAUGGGAAAUAACUUUUAUUAAGUAUUUAUGUGCCAGGCGCUUAGUGUGGCCUUCAUGUUAUUAUAUUUAAAUUUCUACAAAGGAAUAAUUUUGCAUGAUUUUAUGAUUGACAGAGCAUUUGCAAACCUCCUCUAAUUCUCAUAACACCUCUGUCAGGAAGGAAUUUUUAUCCUUAUUUUACAGAUGAGGAAGCUGUUUGGGAUAAUUUAGGUGACUUGCUUACGGAAUACAGCCAGUAGAAGAGCACUGAUUAAUCAGGUGCUGACACCUCUGCUUUGUGUGUCAUUCAGCAGUGCUUCAAAGAUCCAAGAAGUAGUAGCAGAUCUCAAUAGACUCUCCUACAAAAUUAGCGAGCAAUCACCAUGACAAAAUUGGUAUGAGGAAACAGUUGUUAUAUUUUAGACUCAUCCCUUCUUCCAAUGCCCUUAUGCUUAUUUCCUACCUUUACCAUUGAUCUUAAACUAUAGAGGGUAAAAAGAGGAACCAGAAUUACUUUAAGCACUUUUAAGACUAUUUGAAAAACAAAGUUUUGUUGGCACUGCAGAGUAAGUUGCUUAAGGGACUGAAUCAAAAGAUAGCAUCCUCUGUGGCCAUAUGAGGAGAGAAACUGAACUACUCAAGAGAACUUAAUUUCGUUUAUUAGGAAAUUAUCUUCCCUAAAGGUACAAAUAUUUUGCACUGCAGGAGAGGGAUAAGUAGAUUUGAUUUACACCACAUUUUAUAUACACCUUUCAAAAGGAGGAAAUGUUUCAUAAGUAGUAAUAAUAAUCAAUGCCUAAACUUAACAUUAAGUGUUGAACGCUUACAACAGCCUUGAGAAUUAUUUGUAAUUUUGAUCAUGAUGUUGGAAAGCUUGUAAUAAAGAAUAUCUUUAUCUUAUAUAUCCUUUUAUCCUCAAACCUAGCAUGGAUUUACAUGCUCAGUAAAUAUUUGGUUAACUAGUAAACAUUGUAGAUAGCAGUGUCAAAAGUAAGGGUUACAGAUAGGUAAAACCAGGAAUUUGCUGUUUUUACAGAAGACAUCUCAGCAUUUUUUUUGCCAUUUUUGCACCAAUAAAUGACUAUUCACCUUGGCCAUUUUUUUUUUCAAGUAGCCCUGUGAGCUGCUCCUUUUUCAUAUACAGUGGAAGGGUACAGAUGUUAUCCAUUUUACAAAUUGUUGGAUUGGAAUUUGACAGAACUGGGACUCAGAACCUGGGUCACUUGGAUUUUCUAUAUUUUGUAUGGCCAAAUCAGGAGCCAGGCAGUCUCCAUCAUCCUGUUUUUAUGGUACAUCGCCCUAUUCACAGAUUUCAUUUAUCCCUGAUGUAUGGUCAUCCAAAACUCUUUCAGAGGUACUUGAAGGUGCUUUAAAGACAACACUACAUGUAUUCAUUAACUGAUUUAAAUUUGCCCAGAAUUAUUUUUUACCGUUUUUUUUCUUUUUUUCUCCUCAAACACAAAAUUUUAGUUGCGCUCCUUUUCGUCACUGAUUUUUCAUCUGUUUUCAUUGUUGUUUCCUGUAUAGAACUUCGACUUUAUACUAGUGGGGAAAAAUUUUUUUAUUUUGAGUUUUAGUAUUUGAAUAUUGUUUAUGUAUCACACAUUGUGCCUCAGUUAGCCUCAGUGUAGAUUAGAUUUUGAACUACACAUCUCGUCGUGUCAACAGUUUGUCAUUGCUUCCUUUAACAGCAAUUCAGUGAAAUUUUUUCCCAAGUGAUAUUUUCCCCCACUUUUGUGAGUUUGAUAAGCCGAAUGACUCUUUUGUAUUGGAGAUACUGUGAAUGAAAAGUUGCCAAAUCCCUUCUUAGUAUAUUUUAAACACCCCUACAACACUUUACCUCCCUGCCUUUAGUGGGGUUUAAACUUAUGUCCAAGUUAGUAUUUGGGUUUGAUUCCUUAGGUGAAGAUUAUGGCAUCAAAACAUUUCUUAAAAUGUUUGAGUACAAGGCUAGGUUAUAUGGCCAACUUUCAAAGACUAUGUUGUGAUUUGGUUUGAAUAUGCUGAAGUGAGCAAUUGUGAUUUGCCUAAGUGCAAUACAACAAAUCUAUAAUGUCUCACAUUUCUACUUGAAGACAUUCAUGUAAAUAUUUUGUUAAACUUCAUAUGCAUUUAAAAAGAAUCAUGAACUGUAUCAAAAUUCUUUCAAUAAAAUUUGUUUAAAAAUUUC